AUGGUCACCCUCACCUCGGCACCAGAGACGAUCCGCAGUGGCACCAGCCAGUGGUUUCUUGGGUCUGUGGAAUAUCAUGGGACCACGCGGAAGAGCCUUGGGCGCGACGUCCGCCGCAUGCUGGGGCCCAAGCAUAUCAACACCGGUUUCAUGGUCUUGGGUCUGCGUCAUGCGCGUAGAAAGAUCGCUCUUGUUUCUGGAACCAUGGAAGGCUCUCCCGGAUACAGGGAAUCCUUGAACUACCAUAGUACGCUGCUUCAGAUUGAACAGCGCCUACCCAGCGCUGAGAUCAGUGGAGCAGGGGCAACUAGGAAGGCCAAUAAGUAUGCGAGCAGCCCUGCCGGGUUAUCCAUUCGUGCGCAUGAGUUCACCGUUUAA